CAAAUAAUUCUAUUAUAUUGUCUGACUAUAUGAGUCAUGUCUGAUUUUCAAGAACAGUUGCAAUAUUUUAAGCCCUCUAUUCCUUCCUCAGAAAUAACUAGAGAUAUCAACAUGAUGAACCAGUUAGUGCAGCCAAAUGCAAGCAUUAUGGGGAAUUUCAGUAUUACAGACUUAACUGUGGAUGAUUUCUUGAGUUUCCAACAACUUGAAUGUCAGUCAGGCAUGGCUCAAAAUCUUCCUGGUACUUCACAUUCCAACAGCCUCAAUGAACUGCCAAUUGUCUAUGCUAUCACUUCAACAAGAGAUGUUUUUCAUGAAAGCAAGAAGAGAAAAGUAAUGGAACUAUCAACAAGCAGCUCAGAAAGCAUUUCUUUAGCUGCUUCUGGAGAUGACUUGAAAGAUAACAAUAGUUCUACAAAAAAGAAUAGCUUAAGAAAAGGAAAGAAAAGGAGCAGUGAGAAGGAACGUGACAAACAAGGGGAAGUUGUUCAUGUUAGAGCCAAAAGAGGUCAAGCUACUGAUACUCACAGUUUAGCAGAAAGGGUGAGAAGACAGAAAAUCAGUUACAAGUUGAGAUGUUUACAAGAACUUGUUCCUGGAUGUCAUAAGGCAAUGGGCAUGGCAGUGAUGUUGGACGAAAUUAUCAAUUAUGUCCAUUCAUUGAAGAAUCAAGUUGAGUUUCUUUCCAUGGAGCUUGCGACUGCAUGUUCUUCCUAUAACUUGAUCUUGGAAACUGGAGCUACUGAAAAAGCACAGGGGACUAAUUCUUUAAAUCAGUCACAUGGGAUGGAGAACUUGGUGAGGGACCGAUAUGGAGAGCAAAAUUGCUUGCACUCUACAUGGCCCCUUUGAAUGCAUUUUUGGCCCUUACUCCAGCAGUUGCUACAAACACACAUGAAUAUGUUCCCCAUCUCUCACACCCACAAAUCAAGUCUGUUCCCAUUUACUAGGCAAACAUGCUAUUGAUUUUUGCAUCUUUUUUUCGUAGGACUAAGAACAAAACUACAAAAAAAAAUCUGUAAUAUCUCUCUCUCUCUUCUUGUCAAUUUGUAAGGGCUGAAUAUCCAUAUAGUUUUGACUGUCUAAAAGUAUACACUAUGUAUUGUGGUUCUUAGCAUAUCCUAUGUAUCACUCACUGUUGCCAUGUUGGCAAGAGCAGUUAGAGCACAAACUGGUUUCGGUGGGUGGGACCUGGACCUGAAAUAUUGCUUGUAAGUCUUGUGUUUGUUGACAAGUUAACAUGGCGAUAUUAUAAUAUUAUUUCGACAACU